UACGAGGCGCUUUAGUUUUGUUUUGAACGGAGUUCCGUAGACCGCUCCGGAAAACUGUAAUGUACUGAUUUUGCAUCCUACCGAGAAAAUUACUUAAGCUCUCAUUUUGGAACUUGCAAAAACUAUAAGAUGAUUUUCGAUAAAUUGAGAAAGUUUAACGUCGUUUUCGACUCCCCUGAAGUGAAUUCUCCUCCGGUGUUCAGCAGUGGAGAUGUGGUGUCAGGGAAAGUUGUGCUUGAGCUGGCUACAGAAAGCAAAGUGUCAUCGCUGAAACUACAUGCUGAGGGUUUUGCAAAAGUCCACUGGACCGAAUCUCGCAGUGCAGGUUCCAGCACUGCUUACACGCAAAACUACAGCGACGAAGUGGAGUAUCUUAACCGGAGAGAAGUGCUUCUGCAGGCAGAUAAUGGGGAAAUGACGACCCUUCCUGCUGGAAGACAUGAGUACCCCUUCAGUUUUCAGCUGCCUGAGGAGACACUGGUGACCUCCUUCGAAGGAAAGCAUGGCAGCAUUCGCUACUGGGUCAAGGUGAAAUUGCAUCGGCCAUGGACCACAGUGAAGAAGAUCAAAAAAGAGUUUACAGUUAUUGAGCCCAUUGACAUCAACACCCCCUCCCUACUUGCGCCUCAAGCUGGAACCAAAGAGAAAAUGGCACGCAUCUGGUACCGCAACGCUGGACAGGUGACCGUCACUGCAAAGAUAGACCGCAAAGGCUAUACACCAGGCGAGGUGAUCCCCGUCUUUGCAGAGUUCGACAACUCCACCUCGCGGUCAGUUCUGCCCAAGGCAUACAUUACUCAGACACAGACCUUCAUCGCCCGGGGCACCAUGAAGCAGAAGCGAGCGGUGGUGGCCACGCUGUGCGGAGAUGCAGUGGGUGCACGACGCAGAGAGUCCUGGCACGGCCGCGCCAUCAAGAUCCCCCCUGUCGGUCCCUCCAUCCUGCAGUGCCGCAUCAUCCGGGUGGAGUAUGCUCUCAAGGUGUGUGUGGACAUUCCUGGAACUUCCAAGCUGUGUCUGGAGCUGCCACUGGUCAUGGGCACCAUCCCGCUCCACCCUUUUGGCAGCCGCACCUCCAGUGUGAGCAGCCAGUACAGCCUGAAUCUGGACUGGUUGCACAUGGCCAUUCCCGAACAGCCUGAACCUCCCCCAGAUUACAGCUCAGUGGUCAGCGAUGAGGAGGCAGUGCGCAGCACACCGGCUGCCCGGCCCGAGGACGACCUCAGUGGCAUUCUGCAGCGCUCCCUCAUGGCCUACGUGCAGGAGUUCCGCUUCAGACCACCUCCUGUGUACAGCGAGGUGGAUCCGAAUCCUGCGCCCUUCAGCAUGAGACCGCGCUGCAUGACUUGCUGAACGCCUGACCCUGCGUGAGGGACACAUGCUGAUGAUCUGAUGAAGCAAAGAUUUGCUUUCUCCUGGAUGCCCUGGAUCUCUGAGACUGGCACUACCUAGGACAAACAGUGCCACCGACAGGAGCAGAGAAAGGGUUACUGAUUGGACUAAGCGGUCAGAUGGAUUCUAAAGUUCUUUCAAGGGAGGGACGGGGCACCAAGUUCAAGGCAGGUGGACUUCCCACUUGCUUAUAUGCCCUUAAUCUCCCUGGGCCCUCUAGCGAUUGCCAAUCCAUGAUGCUUGUGUUUGGCAAAAUCGGGAAGCAUCAGGGGAGGCAAUUUUGUGUUAUGGAGAAGGGUAGACCAAGAAAGAUUUUGCUUUGCAGAAGCCUUUUGAAAAUGUUCCUAACCAGCUGGGGCAAAUGGUUAGAUGACUUCUGUAUUAAAGUGAACUCUGUUUUAUUGGUACCCUUUGAUGUACUGUAAUAACCAUCUGUAGGCUGAUGCUAUAACAUGUUAAAUGUUGAACCAUAAAUGGUAGCCAAAGAGCAUUCAAGAUGAUUUUGCUUUUACCUUUUGUACAUCAAGAAAAACUGUUAUCUAAGAUUCUAAAUGAUCUUGGUUGUAUGCAGGUGAGAUUAACAGUCUAAUGUUCAGGUUCAGACCUGGAAUAAUAUGCACGGAUAGUACUCAGCAUAAGAGGGGGAAAAAACCUGGAGCUUUAAACCUAGGACAUUUGGACAGAACGUCCCAGGGUCAGAGAAAGUUAGAAAACUGCCCUUGUAUGAUUGAUUUGUGUUAGAAGCUUCUCAGACUUGAGAGCACUUUUGCUGAUGGCCUGUGGAUGCGCCAUCAGCGUUGAAAGUCUUAAAUUUCAAAGAACUUGAUCCAUAGCUACGUGCCAAUGUUUCUGGGAGUAAACUCUGAGAAUAGCAUUCAGCGGCUUUGGGGUUUCUGCCAGGUGCCUUAGGAAAUGUGAUUUCAGCAUGGCACGAAAUGCUGCAGCAGGCAUUAAUGUUGUAGAAGCACGAGAAAGCUGAUGAGCCAUGUUUAUCCAAGCUUCUUAUUUUCCUGCAACAGCAGUCAGUCGGAGUACAGGGAUUGUGCACAGCACUGUCAAGCUUUGAACUUGCGCCACUCUGAAGUGUACUCAACAUUCCAAAAAAUGGCUAGAAGUUUUUUCUCAAUUCCAAAUCGUGAAAACGGUAAGUUCAGGUCGGAACACACUGAAUGUAGUGUUUAUGGCACUCAUGUAAAACGAAUGUAUUUUAUAUACUUUUGGUCAUGUGAAAAAAAUAUUUUGUUGAUCAUUUUCUAAUAAAUGUGAGAAAUCUUUCAUGUGA